AGCCCCUGACUCCUCCACCAUCUGCGAAGGCACAGUCUGGACCAAGCCCAGCUCGUCUUCUUCACCACUGGGAUCUCCCUGGAACAUCUGGAUCAUGGUUGCCCCCAUCGGGGGUGCUGCUUCCGCAGAGUUUGGCCUUAGAGAGCUUGAAGGGUGAAGCGAUACAAAAACAGGGAGAAGGCGGGCCAGGACUCCUGGAGUUAUGUUUUUGACGGCUGGUUGCCCUUUUGGCCGGCUGCUGCCCCUCGAUGGCCGGGAAGGCAGAGAAGAAGAGCCUCCAGCUGCCCGAGAAGCAGGUCCAGAGCCUCCAAGCCGCCUUUGCGAAGGGGAGCUUCUCCGAGCUGGCCGGCGAGUUGCAAGAGACGCUCCACUCCCAGGAGAGCGUCUGCCUGAACGUGGGGGUCACCGGGGAGCAGGGGGCUGGGAAAUCGACCCUCAUCAACUCCAUCCGGGACCUGCGGCAGGAAGAGGCCGGUGCGGCUCCCGUGGGAGGGGUGGGCCCCAGUAAGGACCCCCGAGCCUACUCUCACCCCAAGUACGCCAACGUGGUGCUGUGGGACCUGCCCAGCAUCGGGGCUCCGGGCUUCAAGCCCAAAGUGUACCUAGAGGAGAUCACGGUCUCGCGCUACGACUUCUUUGUCAUCCUUGCCGCUCAGCGCUUCGCCCCCUUCCACGCCAAGCUGGCCCGGUACAUCAAGCAGGCCGGCAAGGACUUCUACUUUGUCCGCUCCAAGGUGGACGUGGACAUGGAGGCUGCUCUCCAGAGCCAGCCGUCUGGCUUCGCCGAGGCCGCCACCCUGCAGAACAUCCGGGACGGCUGCGUGCAAGACCUCCAGGCCGCGGGGGCCAAGACCCCGAGGGUCUUCCUCAUUUCCAGCUUCCUGUUCGGCAAGUACGACUUCCCCUUGCUCGCCCAGGCCCUCGGGCAGGACCUGGAUCCCGGCAAGAGCUACGCCUUCCUCCUGGCCACGCCCAACAUCUCCCACCGCAUCGUGGAGAAGAAGAAGGAGUCCAUGGUUGAGCACAUGUGGCUGGUGGCCGUGGUGGCCUGCGGGGUCAACGCCGCCCCCAUCCCACGGCUCUCGAUCGUGUGUGACGUGGACCUCUUGGCGAAGACCCUACGAGGCUACUGUGUCGAUUUCGGCCUGGAGGACGCCUCCUUGAGGAAGGUGGCGGAGCAUAUGGAGCAGCCCUUGGAGAUGCUGACGGCUCUGGUCAAGUCGCCGCUGGCCAGCCAGGUCACCCCGGCGGUGGUGGGGCAGCGGCUGAUGGAGGCCGCCAUCAAGGCUCCGAACCUCCCCAAAGAGCUGCUGAGCUGCGCCCCCAUCUUGGAGUCUGUGGACGCUGUGGGGAUGUCCUUCGCCAUUGUCUACCAUAUGCUGAAGGAUUUCGUGGAUGACGCUGCUGCGGACGCCCACAGGAUACUGGUCAAAGGGUUCAUGAGCCAGAGGCCUGGCAGUGCCGCCGAUCUACAGGCGGCAAGAUCGACCCACUCCUAGGACGGAAUAAGUCCUCCUGGGGCCCAGCAUGGUUGGGGGUUUCUGAAGCGGAGAUAAAGGCCAGAGCAAAACUGAUCAGGUUUCCCCCGCAUUCUGAU